AUGAAAGUCACCAAGAUGGCGGCAUCCGGGGUUCCCGGAGUCGACUGGAACGCCGUCCAAAAGGCGCUCGUUUCUGCUUCCCAGUCGGGUUUUAGGAGCUCGGAUGUGUCCUUACUUGUGGAUGCGAUUAUAGAGAGUGGUGACGACAUUUUGAACCAUGAUGAUAAAUAUGAAAACUUCUACUCCUGUUUUGUGGCCCUCUCUGCCCACUACAUCACAGAGCACUCAACCCUGUUGUCCAAGUCCAUCGUUGGCCGGGUGGUCACUGCCUGCCACACCCUCAUGGACCUGUGCCUGCAACGGAUGCUCAAGUACAAGCUUGCAUGCUCUGUCUCCCAGCGUAACCUGAUGUCGCUGGUAGAGGGCCUUUGCACAGGGUCUGGCCAGCUUCAGCGGUCAAACAUCGUCACCUUGACCGCCAUGCUGAAAGCUGCCCAAAUGCCCCCUUCAACUGCCACCAUUGAAGAGCCAGAGCCAGAGAGUACGACAUCAACUACACUGGUGAAAGUCAGCGACACCCGGCCGAUGUCCCAAGCCGAUUUCCUCAAGCAGUUGAUGUCGGCGUUCUGUGAAUCGGCACCUCACUACAGCUCCGGCGCAUCGCUGAAGACUGAAAAGUCCGACGACAAAUCCACCCCGACCAAGACUGACCCCAGUGCCGACAUGAAGGCCUACUUUGCGGCCCGCAACAUCGACAACCUUCACUCGCUGCAUGGGUCUGAUAUCCUACUUGACGUCUGCCUGAACUUGCCGUUCCUGCAGCGCUACAUCAACGCGUUCCGCGACGCUGCCAACGGGUUCCCAUUCGUGCUGCCCAGCACUGCUGCGGACGCUUCUUCCAUGAAAGCGAGCUUUCCCUCCCUCCUCAACGACAUGACCAUCGUCUCCCGGGUCCUGGCCCUGCCGACCCUUGAACCCAUGACCCCAGGUCACAUGGAGAAACUGACCACCAUCGUCAUGAGUUGCCUCUUUGCGGCCGUGUCGGCCACCACCACCAGCACCCUGCUGUCGCUGUCGAGUGGUCAGCCGGCCCGUAGUAGCCUCACGACGGCCACUCCGGCCGGAGGGGCUAAAGACGAGGAACAGGAGAACAUCGCAUCGCUCAUUGUGCAGAAAGGGUUGAGUCUCUUCAGAGUUUUGCAGAGUGCCGUCAAACUGUCCACACGAGCCGGUGGCCAUAAUCUUCAGAAUCUACACAUGCUCGGAGCGUGGUGCAUCCUCCGUGACCUAGACCGCAUCCUGAACCUCAACGCCUCAGCAACCAUCCCGGAGAAGCCCAAGGAAAAGGAGAAGGACAUCCCCGGAAGUCUCAAGACCGAGCCCAAGCCUGGGCAAGGAAAAGCUAAAGAGGGCGCCGUGGCAGGCACAGGAAGACCUGGCUCUGCAAAAGGAACUCAAAACAUCAGCAGUCUGACGGUGGCUCUGUCAUCUUGCGCCUUGUCCCUCCUGACUGCUUUGCUGGAAGAUCUGCACAUAGAGGGCCUCUCCAUGGAGAUCGACACGACAGACCCAGCCCCAGCUAGGCUUAGCAUCCUGCCGCAGUACACCGCCUGGCAACGCGUCAGUUGUAUCAUCACCAACGUUCCACUCACCAACUUACUCAUCAACCUCUUCACAUCCGCCUACAAAAAGGCAUGCACCACCGCCAAGCAACGGAAAGACUCCCUAGCUUCUGAGGGAGCUGACACUGAGAGUAAUUCCCUGAACACAAACUACGGCGACGACUUUGGCAGCUCUGAAGAGAGUAGUGAAGACGAGGAUAGUGAGCCCAUACUGGGACCCUGGUUUGAGGAGACCCUUACCCCAGACUCCGACCCCAAAGAAGCGCCCGCUAACAAUCAAGGGCCACCACCUCCUCCCCCAGUCCCAGGCGGAGCCAAGCCCGAGGCUAAGAAAGAGGCGGAGAAGAGGGAGGACUCGCCCAGCCUGACCGAGAUUCCAGACAGAGAGGAGCCAUCACAGUACCUGAAGCUAGCCUCAGACGUGCUGCAGUUUCUGACUGUUCAUCUUCUCCACUCCAAUAAUGGACUGAUCCAUUCUUUUCCAAGUCUUGCCUUCACGGAGAGUCACAUCGCGGGGAUAGCUGGAGUCGUCAAGGAUCUGGACAAAGGAACAGUGAAGACAGAUGACACUGUCUUAAUGGAUAACUUCUCCGCUGCUCUGCUCCACUUCAUCCACACACUGCUGGCCUCCAAGGCACUACCAGACAACUUCCAGGAUUCUCUUCUAGCUCAUCUCGGUGUUUCUCCAACUGCGAAGGGUCCGUGGCCCCUGAACAUCCCGCCCCGUACCUUGGCAGUUUUGGCCCACAUUUUGCUGCAGCAGCAACAGCAGCAGCAGGCAUCCAUGACCAAGCAGGAGGGCGUUCUGCUCGGUUGUUACAACGUGCUACAGCGGGUCCUAGAGACGCUGAGAGACAUCGCUGUGCGAGGGGAGCCACUCACAGAAUCCGAAGAUCUGAAUGUGGAACACGCCCAACUCCUCAUGUUCAUCUUUGAGAGUCUGCCGGUCGCCAAGAAGAAAGACAUCCUCCUCCAGACUGCCUUGGCACUGUCCCAAGUAUCCAGGUCAAGCUAUGUGAAGACCAAGUCUCCAUUGGCACUGUGUCGUCUACUUCUCAUCUUUGAGUUCUUGGUCCAUCACUUCACCCAGGCCAGACCUUUUCUCUUUGAACAGGUCCAGUGGAACAUCUUCACCGUUCAGAGCACCGACCCAGCCCUAAUGCUUUACCAGGAAGAGCGCGGCGGAAUCGCCACCACAAAGUUCUACAACCCGUGCCGAGAAGUCGAGGAGAAUUACCGCAAAGCCACCACAAGCGAGACCGGCACGGUCGGGGUAGACGGCACAGCUCUGAAGCGCAUGUUCUACAAUCUCAUCUCCUCAGAUGUUGACAACGGCAAAGACGUACCACAACUAGACCAACAGGCUUGUGAGGUCUUGUACGACACCAGCUUUGACUACAAUGAGCUGUACCACACCUUGGUUGAGCUACUCGCAGCGGGCAGCGAGUGUGACGCGGUGGCCAGACAGCAGGACAAACCACUGCAGUACAUGGAUGCCUGCGCAAUCCACUACACCUCGGUGGUGUGCUGGCGACUCCUGGGCAGUCUGGCGCCCUCUGUUGCCUACAUGAAGCUACUGGAGGGGCAGCACACAGACAGCGAGCGUUGCCUGAGACAGAGCGAGAUCCUGCACACGCUGCGCUGGGUGCCACGCAUGGCCAACGACAAGUACAGAGCCUGGAUCAGGGACCAUUUGUCUGAGCAGCGACUGCCAGUAUCUGAAGCUGAGAGCCUGUUGGAUAUCAUCACAGAGCACUGCAGCACUGUACAGUUUGACAUCCAACUGGCUCAAGAACUCAUCGGAACACAGUUGUCCCACAUGCCUUUGUUUGUAAUGCCCAAUGACAUCGUCAUCCCAGCUCAUCUGCCGAGCCUUAACUCCAUCUGUCUUCUGGACUGCAUCCUCAGUAAAGUGGAAACCUCUCUGAAAGAUCACUUCAUCGGCUCCAUUAGCGGUGACGAAACUGCAAAGACAUACAAGGUGUUGGAGAUUGCCAGUGACCUACGACCCAUCCUCUUUCAACUACUCAAAAUGUACACCGUGUUCUCAAGGUCCUGCCUACUGCAUCAGAUCGCGGGGCCCACCACCUUCGAGUCCCAGGCAGCGUUUAGUGUCGUCCUGCGCGUCAGCUCGUCCUUCGCAACCAAGUGGCUCCCCUGGUUCUCGGGACUCUUGCAGAUCAACGCCAUGCCGCAGGCGGUGCGCACGGCCGUGGAGAAAUGGAACGCCAACAACGGAAGCAGCGACACGCUGGGCUUUGCAGCGUCGAGGACCAGCCAUCCCAUAGCCUCUGAGAACCAGCUAAACUCGGUACUGGGCAUGCACCUCAACACUCUUUCAAGUCAGACUGUGUUUUCCAUUUCGUCGUCCUUGAAGCAUGUCAUGACAGCUAUGGUGAGACUGUGCACAGACCAACUCAUGUGGUGUGACGAAGGAAGUGUUGUGAGUGCCCUACAGGAACCCUGGAAAAAAGAACUGGUGGACGUCUUGUUCCCUCUGCUGCUGGAUGCCAGUACAGAAAGCUUUGCUGAACUGACCUAUGUUCCCGUGGAGCGACUUCUCGGUGGAAACGAAAGCGAGGAGUUUAUCCACAAGCUUCACCUAUGUCUGAUCUCGGUUUGUCAUGAGCUGAUCACUAAGCACGCCUCGCCACAGAGUGGGUUGGAGGAGGCGGUUUUCCGAGACGCCAUCCAGUCAUUAGAGUCAGAGUUGGAGAAAGGACCGGCCAAGAAAGCAUUGGAGGUCUUCUACACUGAAGAAUCAGAUCUGGUGAAAGUGUUGCUGUCGUCGGCCAAUGAACAUCUGUCCGCUGAGUACGGCAUCAGGGUUCUCAAGUUCUUCAAUCGACUCUUACAACUUGCGGAGGACACACCUGGUGACAAAUCCCUGGACAGACUGUGCGCCACACUGACCCGCCUCUCCCUGGUGGAUUCAGACUCCCUGCAGGGCUGGCUGGCACGCAUCAUACAGGACAGUCACCCGGGGGUCAAAGGUCAAGAGCAUCGCAUCUUGCUGCAGAGCCUGACCUCGCACAUCGUCAAGGAGAAAAGUCUUGUCGGAGAAGACGUUGCCACAGCCCUCCUGAAGGCCCUGAUCCCGAUGGGCAGCCAGCUUCUAUCAGGGGCCGGCGACAGCCUGGGGUUCUCCGAGCUCAUGCCCGUCAUGGUCAUGCUUGCUGGGGCCGGCUCAGGCAUGGGCCACGUCGAGUUGUUCCGAGCUGCCAACGAGUGGCUCGUCGUCUGCAAGAAGUAUUUAUCGCACAAAGACGUUGCAGAGAAGCUGUCUUCGGAGUCUCCAGAAGGAAAGCACCAGAAUGUGAUGGAAGCUUCCUGCUACCUUCUCUCCUACAUCGCCAGCGUACUGGGAGCUCUCAAACAGUCUGGCGACAAGAGCCUAGCCCCAGCCUACGACAUCGACUCAGGCACCCAGGAAGCAGACUCGGACUGGGCAGAGGAUAUGAUGCUGGAAGAGGACGAUUCUGGGGGCGAAGACUCGGAUGAAGACUCGCUGUGUAACAAGCUGUGCACAUACACAAUCACCCAGAGAGACUUCAUGAGCCAACACUGGUACCACUGUCACACCUGUAAAAUGAUUGACGGUGUGGGAAUAUGCACCGUGUGCGCUCGUGUCUGCCAUCGCGGCCACGAAGUCGCCUACGCCAAGUACGGAUCAUUCUUCUGUGACUGCGGGGAUAAGGACGACGGGUCAUGCCAGGCCCUAGUCAAGCGCACCCCAGGCUCCAACCUGGACUCCAGCAUGUCCAACACCUCCCUGACAUCCCCCUUCUCCUCGGUCCCCUCCUCCACGGACGACAAAGCCCGCAGCGCAUCGGUCAGCGCCUUACGACGACAGCACCAGCAACAACAUCAGACCAACAGCGCGACCCCCAACGCCCUCUCCCCAACGGACCGCCCAAGCGGGCUGAUCCUUGGGGAGGGGCUGGUGGGCGGGAUGCAGAUCCUGAGCGGUGAGGAGCUUGCUCGCUUCCAUCAGAUGCUGGCUAAGCAGCUGAUGCAGUCUCAAGACAUCAUACUAAGUCUCCUGGAGAAUGGCAGCACAGCGUGCACUGUGAUGGAACUACUCCAGUACCUACUAGGCCCCAUUGAAGAACACUGCAACCAAACCUCAGCCAUCGGAGCCACCACUAGGGCCCAACAAGCGCUGAAGGAUCUACACUCGCUGGACAAGACGACCGAGUCCACUGAGCAACUCAUGGUGCCGACCCUGGGCUCACAAGAGGGUGCUUUCGAGAACGUCCGAGCCAACUUCUCCGGCGACCAGGGACAGACCAUUCGUCAGCUCCUCGGAGCCAACAUGCUGCGGCGCGUGGCCAUGUGCUGCCUCGCGUCCCCCCACGGCCGACGCCAACAUCUAGCCGUCUGCCAUGAGAAGGGACGCAUCACCGUCCUGCAGCUAUCGGCAUUACUCAAACAGGCCGACUCAAGCAAACGAAAACUCACACUCACGCGUCUGUCAUCCGCACCGGUUCCCUUCACGGUACUCAGCAUCACCGGUAACCCAAGCAAUGAAGAUUUCCUGGCAGUCUGUGGCCUCAAGGACUGCCACGUCUUGACCUUCACCAGUUCAGGGACGGUCUCGGAUCACCUGGUUCUUCACCCCCAGCUAGAAGCCGGUAAUUUCAUCAUCAAGGCUAUCUGGCUGCCGGGCUCACAGACGGAGCUGGCUAUCGUCACCGCCGACUUUGUCAAGAUUUAUGAUUUGUCCCGCGACGCCCUCAGCCCGUGUUUCUACUUCCUGGUCCCAAGCGGCAAGAUCCGCGACGCCUGCUUUAUCUUCUCGGAUGAGGGGACCCGCACGCUGGUACUCAUGUCCUCGGCCGGUUACCUGUAUACCCAGCCAAUGGAGGAAGCCAGUGAGGCCCGUCACGGGCCGUUCUACGUUACCAAUGUGCUGGAAGUGAAGCACGACGAUUUGAAGGAUUCUGGUGGCCAAGUUGCUGGCGGUGGAGUUUCCUGCUACUACUCACACACGCUACAGUUACUCUUCUUCAGCUACUCGCACGGCAAAUCCUUCUGUGCAUCAAUCGGCAAGCAAGUGACCGAGCUGAGGAACCUCUUUCCAAUUACACUGAAGAGUAACGGUAGUAGCGGCGGUAAGUCGGCCAACCCGCCAGCGUUAUGUCAAUGGAGCGAAGUGUCCAACCACCCAGGCUUGGUCUGUUGCCUGACUCAGACCACCAGCAUCCCAGUGCUGCUGAUGCUGGAACCAGACCGGAUCAGGAUCCAAGAGAUCAAGACGCUACCUGCCAAAGCCAAGGUUCAAGACAUGGUAGCCAUCCGCCACUCCUCCUCCUCAGACCAGCACCGUACCACCCUCAUCCUGCUGUGUGAGGACGGCAGUCUACGCAUCUACAUGGCCAACGUGGAUCAGACAGGCUACUGGAUGUCCAGUCAGUUCCAGGCCACCGGUGCGAUCAGCGCCCUCAAACCCAUACGCAAGAAGAAAGUCACCAAGUCCGGAUCAAGUGGUCGCCCAUCUGGUGUGGUCAGUUUCCCCAUUGAUUUCUUUGAGCACUGCCAACCCAUGAACGACGUGGAAUUUGGCGGCAACGAUUUGCUACAGGUGUACAACGUACAACAGGUCAAGCAUCGACUCAACACAACGGGCAUGUAUGUCGCUAACACUAAGCCUGGGGGCUUCAUCAUUGAGAUCAUCAACAACAACUCUUCCAUGGUGAUGGUUGGUGUCCGUGUCCACGUCGGUGCCCAGUCCAUAGAACGUGUGCCUGCUUACCUGGUGGUCUUCGGACGAAGCACUCAGCUGACCUCUUCCCGCAACCGAUGGUUUGAUAUUCCCUUCACAAGAGAGGAGUCGCUGACUGCGGACAAGAAAUUCACUCUCUUUGUCGGCCCAUCGGUCGAUCCGGCCGGCGUGACCAUGGUCGAUUCCAUCAAAGUCUACGGGAAAACCAAGGAAAACUUUGGCUGGCCUGACGACCCUCCCGACGACUUCCCGUCCACCAGCGCCGGAGCCAACCUCCCGGCGACAUCAAACAGUGCCGCUCCUGUGGCCGAGACGGAAACGAUUGUUGCUCCGACCUCAACGUCCCUGUCAUGUCUCGAUCGUCUGGUGGCGUCAUCUUUGGAGGUGCUGGAUGGAUUUGUUUGCCUGGUCAACAUGGAAGACAAGGAGACGAUCAAGCAGACCGUUCAAGACCUGGCCACGGAGCUGUUAACCCUGCCGACGCCCUCUAGUGUCCAGUCUCAUGCCAAGUCCCUACUCUCCACCAUUCAGCCCUCCAGCAUGGCGUUUCACAACCACAAGGAUCAAGCCCAGAUGCAGCGUGUCAUCCAGUGCUUGGCCACUUCCCAGAAGCCUCAGCUCCGAGCGCAGAGCGCCCCCUCUUGUCAGCCCGCAGGAGAGCAACAACAGCAGCAUUCAAAGCAGCAUCUAGAUCCCGAAGCAUACCAGCGACUGGUCGUGACGGCGCGCUCAGUGGCGGUCGCCCGCCCGGCGAAUCUGGUGCGAUUCGCCGACAACUGCGAGUCAUUCACGUCCAAAGAAUCAGAUCUUGAGGUGACGGAUCUGGAGGCAGAGGUGGAGGACCCAACCAUGGAACCAGCCGGCAGCAAACUCACCGAGCUGACGGAGCAAGAAUCAAAGCAUUUCCUGGCUCGCAUGCUGGAUGCAUUCUGGAGACUGCACAAUGCCAAGCCUGCCAACGCCAUGCUGGCACCCGCAUGCUUACCAGGCCUGACCCACGUUGAGAUCACCGUAGGAGCCCUUGUUGAGAUAAUCCAUGCAUUCGCCUGCGGUGAUUUGGACAACAUCCCCCUGGCUACCAAGUUGUAUGUGCGCCUACUCAUGUGUGAGGACCAGUCCGUGAGCUUUGCCGCCAAGCAGGCCCUCAUCAAGGUCAUGCGACCUCGUCACAAACGCCGUAAGGUGGUCAUCCCCUCCCCCCAGCGUUGUAGCUCCCCACCCCCAGACCCCAACAUUGCAGAGGAGGAAGAAGCGGAAGACAAAGCUCCCCAGGGGGGUGGGGAAAUGCCCCUGGUGCAGGAGGUGUCAGAAGCGUCACAGGACGAACCCUCUUAUGAAGUUGUAGAGCAAGCUGAACCCAUGGUCCUUGAGCCCGCCGAGGGCAACGUUGCCGCUCCAGGAGUCAACCAGCUUCCCCUAGAAGCCCUCCUAGGAGGACGCAGCGGCUUCGCCCCCAUGCUGGACAUCCCACCGGACGCAGACGAUGAGGCCAUGAUGGAGCUGGCCAUCGCGUUGAGCUUACAGGACCAAUCUGGGCAGGACGGGGGAAGCGGGGGGCUAAACCUGCAGUCCCUGGGGUUGUCCGGUCAUCAUCAUCAGGGCCAGAGCUCCUCGUCACUGGAGGCUGGAACGCUGUCAGACACCACGGCUUCAGCUGCCAGUGAUGAUGAGGGCAGCAAUGCUGCUACUGAUGGCUCCACCCUGCGUACCUCCCCGGCCGAGCAUGCUGGGAGUGGGGGGUCAGAGAGCGGGGGUAGUGCCGUCGACUCCAUCACGGGAGAACACAGCGCGAGCGGUCGCAGCAGUGCCUAUGGCGACGGCGUCCACGAGCCCAUAGCGAGGCGUCCUGACAGCGCCGAGAGCAGCGGUCACCCUAGCAACUCGCUAGGCAACCAGCUGAUGGACGGUGUUGAGAUGCCAGAGGGGGAAACGGAGACCGAGCGAGACCACGGCCAGCGCAUGCACGCCAUCCGACUAUUGCUGCUGGAUAGACUGCUGCAGUACCUGCCAGAGCUGAGGGAUGUGGGCGGGGUCAGGGCUAUUCCAUUCAUGCAGGUGAUCCUGAUGCUGAGCUCAGACCUAGACAUCGAGGAAGACAAAGACCGUCACUCUCUGGUCAGCCUACUGUCCACCAUGCUGGCCGAGCUCAACCUGCGACGCAAGGAUUUCGCUGACGUGGCCGAGCGCACGGCAUUCCACGAGGUCCAGCUGAUCAUCAUGAGGCUACUGAGCGUCUUCAUGUCACGGACGAAGUCAGGAACGAAAGCGGCCAGUGAGUCCUCUACCCUGAUUUCCCACGCCACCGCCUCGGCCCUGCUCAGCUGGGGAGCUGUGGACUACUGCCUGCUGAUCCUCAAGGCCCUGCUGGACCACUGGAAGGAAACAGAUGUAGACGAGGAUGCAUCUGGAGGCAGUGGUAAUCUUCUCAAGCCUCACCCGACAUCCUCCCCACCAGAUAUGUCACCGUUCUUCCUCCGACAAUACGUCAAGGGCCAUGCUGGUGAUGUAUUUGAAGCCUACCCUCAACUUCUCACCGAGAUGGUCUUGCGUCUGCCGUACCAGAUGAAGAAGAUAUGCGAUGCAACACCGUCCGUGGGCGUUCCAGUCUUCGACCAGGCCUGGUUCUACUAUCUGUGUGAGUACAUGAUGACCCAGCAGACACCGUUUGUCAGGCGCCAGGUGCGCAAACUGCUGCUCUUCAUCUGUGGCUCCAAGGACAAAUAUCGCCAACUACGCGAUCUGCACACUCUGGAGUCACACCUCCGAGACAUCAAGUCCAUCUGCAGUCAGAACGGUCUGGAGCUUGACGGCACCAGCAGUGUGCCCAUCACGCUUCCCUACGACACUCUCAUAACUCUGAUUGAGCAUCUGAAGGCUUGCCAAGAAAUUGCAGCUUCCCGAACCUUAAACUGGCAGAAAUUCUGUCACAAGGACGAAACUGUCUUAUCCAGCCUCCAGCAAGCUAGCUUCUUCCUAGACGAGGGCGUGUCUCCCCUCCUCCUUCAGCUCCUGACCUGCGCCCUCUGUGGCAACAAGUCCUCCUCCUCCAAACACAAGAAGAGCAAAGACAAGACGGACAAGUCAGAAGGCAGGCGGGACAAAUCAUCUGAGGAUACCCAACGCCACGACGACAGUCUGUGCCAAUCCCUGAUCAACCAGCUGAACCGCCUGGCCGGCCGCGACACUCUGUCCCGCUUCAUACGGCAGCAUCUACUUGAGUCCAAUAGCACGUCGGUGCGCUGGCAGGCACACGGACUACUCCUUCAUAUCUUCAGGAGUUCCCAGUUCAGCCAGCAGGAGCAGUUACUGGAACUGAUGUGGGAUCUGUGGCCGGAGCUCUCCAGCUACGGACGCAAAGCGGCACAGUUUGUCGACCUCCUGGGCUACUUCUCACUCAAGGCGCCGUACAACGCACAAAAGUCCCUGCAGUAUGUCCAGAAAGCAGCGGCGCUGUUGAAGACCCAGAACCAAAGCCUGGGCAACCAUCCCAACUCUACCAUCUACAACAUGCUGUCCGGCCUGGUGCAGUUUGAUGGUUACUUCCUGGAGAGUGACCCGUGUCUAGUUUGCAACAACCCCGAGGUUCCGUUCUCUAACCUGAAGUUGACCACGCUCAAGGUGGACUCGCGCUACACGGCCAACUCGCAGAUCGUCAAGCUGGUGGGCACGCACACCAUCGCCAAGGUCUCGCUGCGCAUCAGUGACCUGAAGCGCACCAAGAUGGUACGCACCAUCAACGUCUACUACAACAAUCGCACCGUGCAGUCCGUGGUGGAACUGAAAAACAAGCCUACCAUGUGGCACAAAGCCCGCAAGUGCCAGCUAGCCGCAGGCCAGACAGAGCUCAAAGUGGAGUUCCCCCUCCCCAUCGUGGCUGCAAACCUCAUGAUCGAGUACUCGGACUUCUACGACAACCUGACCGCCUCAGCUGAGACCCUACAGUGCCCACGGUGCAGCGCCUCGGUCCCUGCUAACCCGGGAGUCUGUGGGAACUGUGGCGAGAACGUGUUCCAAUGCCACAAGUGCAGAGCCAUCAACUACGAUGAGAAGGACCCGUAUUUGUGCAACGCUUGCGGGUUCUGCAAGUACGCCAAGUUUGACUACACCCUGACAGCCAGAGCCUGUUGUGCCGUCGACCCAAUCGAGAGCGAAGACGACCGGAAGAAGGCGACUGCUACAAUCAGUGCUUUAUUGGAGAAAGCUGACCGUGUCUAUCGCCAACUGGUCUCUCACAAGCCUCACUUAGAGGCCCUGCUGAUCAGGGUACAUGAAGCUGGACAAGACAAACCACAGGAUGGUGUGGGUGCAGCAGCUAGUAGCAGCAGCAGCAGUGCCAGCGUGAAUAAGACCAUACAGCACUUGGCACAGCGCUACUGCGGCGACUGCAAAGGAACAUUUGACGAACUCAGCAAGAUCAUUCAGAAAGUUCUAGCAUCUCGUAAGGAGCUAGUGGAGUACGAUCGUCGCCAGCGAGAUGCCGCCCUGAAGUCCAUCAGCCCCUCCUCCGGAAUGACACCAGUAGCCACGCCCCUGACGAGCCCCCACCCAUCACCGUCGCCCAGUACCAUGGCUGUCAGUAUACCAAGCUGCCAAGCCACGCCCAGAAACCAGGGUCGUUGCUAUGGUUGCGCAGCGGCCGCCACCGAACACUGCGUGACGCUGCUGCGAGGGUUGGCCUCCCACGCUGAGACCAGACGCAUCAUCGCUGACCAGGGAUUGAUCCAGGAAUUGGUGGAGUACAACCUCCGCCGCGGCUCGGCAACCUUCCGCAGUGAGGUGCGGCAACUCCUGGCCCUGCUGACCCGCGACAACACCGAGGCCACGCACGUCCUGAACGACAUUCUGAUGGCGCGCAUCACAGCCGCGCUCAAUGGCUACAAGUCCAACCCAGACCUGGCCGGUGCCGUGAGAAACGAGAUGGCUCUUCUGGUCCACUCCAUCGAGAAGGACGACACCUGCUGGGAAAAACGACUCAAAUGCGUUAUGAAGCUUUUCCUGAUGGCAGUGAAGACCAACAGCCCUGUUGUCAUGGAGAACAUUACCUUACCUUGCUUGAAAAUACUGCAUCUUCUCGUCAAGCCCCCGGCUCCUGCAAGCAAAAAGAACAAGGAGAAGAACGUUGAGCAUCUGAGCAACGUGAAGCCCGAGGGUCAAGAUGUCUACAUCAAUGUGCGUCAGUGGCUGGCCAGGCAAGGAGUGGAUUACAACAUGUGGAAGCAGAGAAUACCGGCUAGUGCCCAAAGAGACGAUACUGAGAAGCAAGCCAGCCACCAGGAGACCCGAGGCAAGUACCUGAUGGAAAAGUACGCCCGUCGCUGGAAGCAAGGCGUCAAGCGUUCCCCAGACAACCUCCAUCUGGGCGGGGGUAGCACCUGGCUACGAGGGGUGCUGUUCUCGCCCUCGUCCAGGGCUGCGCGUCAGGUGGCCUGCAACAUCGUGGAGUCCCUCUGCCAGGUUUCCAGUCGUAGACAGCAGAUGCUAGACCUUCUGACUGGCUAUCUAGACGAGGUCGGCCCCAGCGGCGAGAGCUCGGCUGAGUUCCUGACCCUGUACCAACGCCUGACCAAGGCACCUCACUGGAAGCUAUACCUGGCCGCCAAGGGUCUGCUGCCCCACGUCGGGGUGCUGAUCACAAAGGAAAUUGACAUUCUGUUGUCUCUGGAGGAGACCACUCUCAGCUCAGAUUUAUCUCAAGGCUAUGCUCUCAAGAUGCUGACUGAGUUGCUGGCUGGUUUCCUGGAGGUGGACACCAUCCGUCGACACUACAAGAGCAAGCUGCUUGGCCCGGUUCUCAACGGCUACCUAGCACUGCGCAAACUGGUAGUCCAGCGAACCAAACUGGUUGACGAGACACAACAGAUGCUGCUGGAACUCUUGGAAGACAUGACCACAGGCACUGAGUCCGAAACCAAAGCGUUCAUGGCUGUCUGCGUAGACACCGUCAAACGCUACGGACUAGACGACCUGCGUACUCCAGUCUUUAUCUUUGAGAGGCUGUGCAGCAUCAUAUACCCAGAGGAGAAUGAUGUGGGCGUGUUCUUCAUGACUUUGGAGAAGGACCCCCAGCAGGAAGAUUUCCUGCAGGGACGCAUGCAAGGCAAUCCCUACAACUCCAACGAACCUGACAUGGGACCACUCAUGAGAGACGUCAAGAAUAAGAUAUGCAGAGACUGUGAGUUGAUAGCUCUGCUUGAAGAUGACACGGGCAUGGAGCUGUUGGUGAACAACAAGAUUAUCAGCCUUGAUCUGCCAGUGAAAUACAUAUACCAGAAGAUAUGGUGCCCUGAGAAUGAGGGUGAACCCAUGCGCAUUAUCUAUCGCAUGCGUGGCCUUCUCGGCGACGCUACAGAAGACAUCAUUGAGUCGGUGGACAAUAACAGCGAUGAGGAGGCUGAUGAUGAGGAGACUUACAAGAUGGCUGGUGUGCUGAGUGAAUGCGAGGGACUGGAGGUCAUGUUGCACAGGCUUGCCUGCUUGACUGAUCUGGUUCGUGGGCGUCAGCUACUCACCGUCCUGCUCAAACUACUGUGCUUCUGCACCAAAGUGAAAGUCAACCGUCAGCGGCUGAUUGAGCCGGCCAUGCAGGCAGUCAACAUCAUGCUGGCCGUGCUGAACAGGGUCCUGCUGGCAGAGAACGAAGAGCCCGGUUCCGGCGGCGGCACGGCCGUCACCGAGCAACUCCUAUCCAUCAUGGAGGUCAUCCUCCAAGAGGCGAACAACGAGCCCCUGGACCACUUCAAGCCCACGGUCAUCCUAGCGUGCGACAAGAGCCAACUGGUGGUUCUCUUAGACCGCAUCAAUAGUCCCUUUGUCCGUUCCCACUCCACGGUUCUCCAGGGUCUGAUGAGAAUCAUCCCGUUCCUGUCCUUCGGCGACAAGGAUAAGAUGACGACCCUAGUCAUGCACUUUGAGCCUUACUUGGACUUUGACAAAUUUGACGCUGACCACACACAGGAUGAAGAGAUCCAUCUAGAAUGCUUCUGUGCAAUCGCUGCAGGAAUUGAGAAUAACUCCAACGGGAAUGAGCUGAAGGAUCUGAUCAUCCAGCAAGGCAUUGUGGGAAAGGCCGUCGGCUUCAUCACGCGGAACCUACCCCAGGCAUCCAAUCUUGAGUCACCCCCAUGGAAGGAGUUCCUAGCUAAGCCUUCUCUGCCGUAUGUGCUUAGACUGCUGACUGGACUGUGCACAGGCCACCCUGCUACACAGUUGCUGGUUGGUGCUGAGUGUAUCCUGGCCAUCCAUCGCAUGGAACAGAUUUCCAGCGAGGAAGGAAUCGGAUCGCUGUCGGAGAACCUCAUGGAGUCAAUCAAGCUCAACCCUGAGGUGGCUAAAAAGAUCGAGGAGGUGAGAGCCCAGACCAAGGCUGAGAAGAAGAGACUGGCUAUGGCCAUGAGACAGAAGCAGCUGGGAGCACUGGGCAUGUCGACUAACGAGAAGGGGCAAGUUACAGCCGAGCGUUCUGUGCUGAAACAGAUGGAGGAACUGGUGGACGAAUCUGGUCUGACUUGCUGUAUAUGCAGGGAGGGCUACAAGUACCAACCACAGAAGGUUCUGGGCAUCUACACGUUCACGAAGUGCAACCCCCUGGAGGAGUAUGAAACCAAGUCUCGCAAGACGCAGGGCUACAGCACCGUCUCCCACUUCAACAUUGUGCACUAUGACUGCCACAUGGCAGCCGUUAGGCAUGCUCGGGGACGAGAAGAGUGGGAGAGCGCGGCGUUACAGAACGCCAACACCAAGUGCAAUGGUCUGCUGCCACUGUGGGGCCCGCAGGUCCCGGAAUCCGCCUUCGCUAGCUGCCUGGCAAGACACAACAUCUACCUGCAGGAGUGCACCGGCCACCACGAGCCCAACUACCAUGCCACGAUCCACGACAUCAAGCUCCUACUGCAGCGCUUUGCCGCCGAGCGUUCCUUCAGUAAUGACAGCGGGGGCGGCGGGCGACAGAGCAAUAUUCACCUGCUGCCGUACAUGCUUCACAUGGCGCUCUACGUCAUCAACACGACUCGUUCGGUGUCCCGCGAGGAGAAAAACCUAUCCACCUUCCUCAAGUCCCCGCCCUCCAAAUGGGUAGAAGCCAGCUUUGAGAUAGACGGGCCAUUUUAUUACGCCGCACUGUGUCCUGUUGUGCUGACCCCAGAGAAAUGGAAAGAAGCAAGGGUUGGGUUACUCAAGAUGUUGCUUGCUGCGGCACACGUCCGACAUGUUACCCCUAUGGGAGCAACUACGUCAACAGACAAGCAAGUCAAGGACUACAUCGUCUACAAGCCGGCCCUGGUCUUCUUUGCGUUGCUAGACUCUGUCUACGACAAGUUGCUAGCGCCUACGCCGCACCAGGGUACCAGUUGGCCGGUCUCGUUGGCGCAUUACAUCCGACACAACGACGAGGCCUUACUGAAAGGAGGUGACGAGGUUUUGUAUCGCUAUGAAGUUGAUAGUCUGCCUUGCGAAUCAUUUGCUGAAUUCUGUGAUGUAGCCGAGUUGCUAGGCGACAUCCAGAACCCGGACCAGUUCUUGGCGGACGCCAUCAGCUCCAUGCCUUGACGCUUUGUUCUCGUCCCAGCUUAGCAGCUAUGCUAAGCACUUUCUCUUAAUCUAGUAACUGUUACCAAGAAUUUCACAGUAGAAUAUUAUAGUAACCGCAUUUAAUAUUGUAUUUUAGAUGACAUCAUAUUCCCCUAAAUGCAGAACUGUUUCUUGUGUCACUACUUUUUUGUCAUAUUUCCAUUUUUGAAAUGUUAAUCAAUAUAACGUUGAUUUGAGUGGGCUCUGAACCUGUGACCUCCGGAUUGCUGUUCCGGUGCUCUACCAACUGAGCUAUCCAGCCCUGUGUUGGCAAUUUCCCAGUUUGUCCAUGUCUUUGUUUGAAUACAGGGCACAAAGUGAGAAACUUUUCUGUUUAAACUCCCUGCAUUCAUAUAAUUUUUUUUUUGAUUUGGCUGUCAAUGGCAAGCCAAAAAGCGCCCUCUACAGUUGUCACCCUGCACAGUUGCAGACUGAGGCUGUCGUUCCCUUUGUGCCAAGUCCACAGAGGGCGCCAGACUGCAAUUCAAUUUCGACAGACUUUUUCAUUGGCUUGUUUUCUGUUCAGUCAGUUUUACACUGUCAUGUCACACUUCUUAAGUAAAAAAAACACGUGAUAAUUGUCAGCACUUAACAAAAAUCUAUAUUUCAUGUUAAUGUCCUGUGCUUAAUAUAUCACACAGUCAGAAUGCGUAUUAACAGUAGUGUAGUGUUAGCAGUAGUGUGACAGUCGGUAUCUAUACGCAAGUUGCUUGAUAUGGACACAUAAUCAUAUGCGUAUUUCAGAAUAACGCAGAAGUUUCAACUUGGUAUCACCAAAACGUAGAAAGUGACGAAGCUUUUUGCAUCUCUACUCAUAACUUGGCAACAGCAGGAGAACAUAAUAACUUCCUUGAAAAUAUUAGCAUCAGAAAUAUGGACAUGUUAAACAUAAAGACUUGAACAGAUUUUUGCCUCAAAAAAGUCAUUUUUGGCCAAACUAGUGCAUGAUAUUAUUAAAUCUAUAUCGUUGAAUGUUACUGUAAAGCAUUGGAAAGGACAAAUAAAAGAGAGGAAAAAAAUUAAUAAUAUUAACAAAAUAUAAAAAUAUUUACAAGAAAUCCAAGAUAUCUGUUUACCAUUACAAAAACUCUUGGUUCUAUGUAUGUGCAGAUCCUAAAUAGUACAAGUUGAGAGAAAAAAAUCUUUAUGGUACAUGCGUGGUGCCAAUGUAAUAUGCAGUCGUGUGGAAUGUGUCACUGGCACAAUGAUCAGGGGUAAUAAUAAUGUCAAACGCUUCGAUAUUAGUUAAAUGCGCUAUAUAAGUACCCGUUAUUAUUAUGAGAGUUGUGUUUUUGAAAAUACGUCUAAAAUACAGAAAGAAUAUCAUUAUAACCAUUGUUAUUACUCUUGAAACAGUUGGAGUUUUUUUUUAAAUUUAAAAAAAACCUAUAUAUCCGGGAAUUUUUAUGGCACUGGUAAAGUCAUUAGAAAUUCCAAAAUUGCUGACAUAAAAGUGAUGAUGUGUUCAGAAGACAUAAAUAUAUGUUCGGAUUAUAAACUAAUCUUUGAAUGGCCCCUGUUUUGUCAUCCAAAUCUCUUCAUCUCAAAGACUUGAACAUUCGACUUUUCUUACAAUAAUCAAGCAGGGAAAUGUUGAAUAAUUGUUCUCUAUAAAAUUAUAUCCAAGACAUUAAUAUUUUAGGAGUGUACUAGUAGUUCAGUAGUUAGUGUAAUACAAAAGCCCUUAAUUUUUUUUUCAUAUUUAAAAAAACAGCUUCAUUCUAUUGUCAAAAUAAAUAUGAAGAAAGUGCUGGAGUUUGCAAAUGAUAAACACUUGCAGAAAACUGCAGUUAAAUAACUUUUUAAAUUUGCCUUUGAGUAUGUUCGAACAGCUUGCAUUUUCAGCAUAAUUUGUUUAAAGUUUAGAGUUUUAUUGAGUUUAAUUCCCUUAAUAUCAUCCACAUUAACAUUUCCUUGCUUUUAUCCAACUACAUGUAUUGUCAAUUGUUUAACAAUAAAAGCAGUGUAGCUAAUAUU